AUGGGAACUAAACGUUGGCAUUUUCUCCUGCAGACUCUGGAAGAUCUCCAGACAAACUUAAAGAAAUUGAAUUCUUGCUUAUGGAUUAUUCAAGGGGAGUAUGAGGCUGUAUUGCGGGAACAUGUUCAAAAGUGGAAUAUUACCCAAGUGACCUUCGAUGACGAGAUUGAACCAUAUUACAAGGAAAUGGAGAAGACUAUCCAAGUUAUGGGGAAAGAAAUGGGAUUUGAAGUAUUUUCUUUGGUGGGGCACACUUUGUAUGACGUCAGACGGUACGGAGCUGACCAAGGGGAAGAAAGCUUAUCUCCUGGGGGGCCAUUAGUGGUUUUAGGUAAGGUAAAGGGACCCCUGACCAUUAGGUGCAGUCGUGACCGACUUUGGGGUUGCGGCGCUCAUCUCGCUUUAUUGGCCGAGGAAGCCGGCGUACAGCUUCCGGGUCAUGUGGCCAGCAUGACUAAGCCGCUUCUGGCAAACCAGAGCAGCGCACGGAAACGCCGUUUACCUUCCUGCUGGAGCGGUACCUAUUUAUCUACUUGCACUUUGACAUGCUUUCGAACUGCUAGGUUGGCAGGAGCAGGGACCGAGCAACAGGAGCUAACCCCAUUGCGGGGAUUCGAACCACCAACCUUCUGAUCGGCAAGUCCUAGGCUCUGUGGUUUAACCCACAGCGCCACCUGCGUCCCAAUUAGUGGUUUUACAGUAUAACAAAUGUGUAAACCUAACUUGCAUUCUGCAAGCAUAGAUAUCUUCCUGUUGCUGAUGCAGAUCUUCACUCCUUUCUGCUGCAAAACUGGCUACUAUUAUGAGCGCAGACAUUAAAAUGAAGAGUUUAGGCUGCAGCGCUAAACACAUUAGGGAAUAAACAUCACUGAACAAAGUUUUACAGAAAAUUUAGUUCCUCUACUGUGACCCAAGUUCCACUCUUUUGCAGGCAGUUUCUGUUUAUAGUGUAAUCAUCUUGUGUUAUACAGGAUUGUGGAACUAAACGGAGGAACACCACCAUUGACGUACAAAAGGUUUCUUCAAAUACUAACAGUGCUUGGAGAUCCCGAGAUGCCUGUGCAAGACAUUACGGCUGAGAAUUCACAGUAAGGAAUAAUUGUACCACUAGAACAUAAUUUUUUUCCUCUACCAAUAGCUGGCUCACUGUAAAAUGAUUUUAUUUAUUUAAGAACAUUUAUAUACCACCUAUUCAAGCUAAAGUGGUUUACAAAAGACAAUCUAAAAUAAUUUUGCAAUAAGUAUUUUUUGCAAAGCAAAUAAAGUUUGAUCCAUGUGACUUAUCAAGAGAUUAAUGUGAUCCUUGUUUUCAUAAUGUCCAAACUGAGAGUCGAAUUACUUUUGGUUUUGUUACAUAAAUAUCUUCUGGGAUAUUGUGGUAGUGCUUUAGUAAACUGCCUACUUGUUAUGAUCACAUUUGAAAACCAGUGUUGGGACUCCCAACAGGGUUUAUGAAUGUAUCAGAAUUUGAAAAAUCUGCCUUGCGAUGAAAUACCGGUACUUGAAUUUGAAAUCUAUCCAUACAAUGGAUUUGAUUAUGACUGAUAUGUUGAGAUCUCAAACGGCCAGACAGUCUCAGUAUACUGGCAUGUUUUGAAAUAUAUAUUUUUUGUAAGCGUUACUUAGCACAAUACCAGCUAUCGAUCUCAUGAAUACAGAGAUGUACAAAAAGUAUGAACUGAGGCUAUGAAUUGAUGGUCAUCUUACAACUUAUUUUAAUUACCAAGGCUUUCCAAUUGAUCCAUGGGAACUGUACUUUAAUUAUUUACAGCACAAUAAUAAUUUUUAAAAAUCCUUCUCCCCUCCCCACUAGGGUUGUGGGUGUGGAAAUCCUGUUAGCCCAUCUCAAGACACUAAUUUGCAUGACCACUGCAAUGUUUCCUAGAAACAUAGCAUGAUAUGUUGGGUCUGAUUGUGCAAAUAUAGGAAGGCAAGGGAGGCAGCUAUUCCAGUCUAUCAUGUUUUUUUCCUUUUCUGUUGGCUUUAGGACAUGGGUGGUUUCCAGUGGUGAUAACAAGCAACACUUUCGGCUGCAUUCACCUGUUCUGUGAUAAAAGAAGCUGAUUGUGUUUGUUUGCCUCAUUAUGGUAUAACAUUUGGUUUUCAAAAUAAGUCUCUUUAUUUCCUUCUUAGAAAACUCAGUCCUCUCCCUGAAGUGGGUCUGGCUGAGUGUUACAGGGUGCCUCUCCCUGAGGACCUUGGUUUUUCCAAAGAGUACAAGUCAUCUUGGAGAGGAGGGGAAACUAAUGGGCUCCAACGACUUGAAGAGCACCUGAAAAACCAGGUCAGUCUUAAUUCAAAGUGUAUCUCAUGUUGUUUGUGAGAAGAUUAUCAGCAGUCUUUCUGAUCACCUUUGCAAGAACAAUCUAAAUGCAAGCCACUUACCAUCUCCUAAAGAAUUCAUAUCUGAAGUCAUCUAGAAAGUCCCACAGGUUUUUGUUUCCUUUUUAAAAAUUGCCUUCCAAUAUUUAUCUUUAUUCUGCAUAUCAUGGGUCACCAGUGCGGCACCCAUGGGUGCAACAGUGCUCUUGAGGUCUCUAACGACUACCACUCUGACCACUAUAUUAUGCUGGCUCAGGUUUGUCACAGUACACAAAGCGCAACAGAUUGAAUGAUAAUAACUCUGAAAAUUUUACUGGUUAUUUCCUAUCAUAAAUAGGAAUGUGCAACAUAUUUGGUUCGUAUGUAUGGUGUAUAACCUAUGAGGCUAAUUCCAAUAUUAAUACAUUUCUUCUUUUCUAGUAUAUGUGCUGCCGAAGCGAGCACGACACUUCUUCUUUUCUUAUCUUUUCUUGCUUCUGCUUCUUGUAAGUUCCUGUAUAACACAAUCCUUAGGUGAAAAUAGAAAGGUCCCUAAGGUAUCGAGAACAACACAGCUGAUGUAGACUGCUGGCACAAGUACCGAGAAUCAUUUAUGUACAAUUACUUAUGUACCUGUUAUACACAUUGACAAUCUAAUAUCAGCUGAGGAAGCCCUUUGUGGUGAAACAGGGAAGAUAUCCAGAAACCUUGUUUUGCCCGAGUUAGCAGUUUGUACCAGCUUGCCAGUCUCUGCCCAGCUUAGCAGCCUACAGCAGCCAACUUGUGCCAGCAGUCUACAUCAGCUUUGUUGUUCUCAAUACCUUGGGGACUUUUCUAUUCUCACCUAAGAAUUAUGUUAUACAGGAACUUAAAAGAAGAAGCAGAAAGAAAAGAAGAAAUGUAUUAAUAUUGGAAUUAGCCUCAUAGGUUAUACACCAUACAUAUGAACUGCAUAUGUUGCACAUACUGGGCUAGACCUUUACAAUAGGAAAUAACCAGUAAAAUUUUCAGUUAUUAUCAUUCAGCCUGUUGCGCUUUGUGCUUUGUAACAACUGUAUUUGUGUAGCAAGGUAUUGAACUUGUUUUGGCUCAGGUUUGUCAGCACAUAACUAUAGUGUGGAGCAAGGAUAGCCAACUAAGUGCUUUCCAGGUGUUGAGGACAACAAAUCCCAUCAGCUCCACCUAGUGUGAUCAUUGGUCAAGGAUGAUGGGAGUUGUAGUCCACAGCAUGUGGAUGGCACCACUUUCACUACUACUAGUGUGGAGGCUGUGUUCUUAGCUUGGAGCAUAGGCAUGCUAUAGAUUUACUUGUUUUUAAAGUAUUUCUAGCCCUUUCCAUUGAAUUUUAUCAAAGGUGGCUUACAUAAAGGGUUUCAUACAAAGGUAAAAUAAAGAGGAAUAAGGUUUGCUUAUGGAACCUACUGCCUCAUUGUAGCACAGCUGUCAUUCCAUAGCAGCUGUGCUUCUUCUGCUUUGUGUUUCUCUUUUUAGGGUUGGGUAGCAAAGUUUGCUAAGCCAAGAACAAUCCCAAAUUCUCUGCUUCCAAGUACUACAGGCUUGAGUCCCUAUUUCAGCUUGGGCUGUUUAUCAGUUCGAAUGUUUUUUCACAGGCUGUCAAAAAUUUAUGCUCAGGUAAGUUUGCAGUAUGCAGCUUAGCUACAUGUUAAGCAAGGAAAUGUGACAAAUUUCCAUUCCCAGAAAAAACAUGUUAUUUUUCCUACAGCAGCUAGGCAUGAUUUAUUUCUUUAACAUAUUGGAUGGAUUUUCCCCUAAAUUGAUUUUUGAAUUUUGAGUUUAUUGUUAUUCACGCUUUUAUACUGUAUUUUAUGCUGUUUUUUGUUGUAUCACAAUUAAGUGUUUUAAAUUUGUUGUUAGCCGUCCUGAGCCCGGUUUUCUGAACAGGGAAGGGCAAGGUAUAAAUAAAAAAAUAUUUUUAUUUCUACCCCAUCUUUUAGUGCAGGCCCACAUAUGAAAUAUUAAAACCAAAACAUUUGCACAAACACGAUAAAAUCACCAGCAAAGUUUUUUUUAAAAAAGGGUAUAUAGGGGCCAGGCCAUCAAUAAUAUCAAGAAAAGUCUUUAAGGAUUGCUUAAUGACUGUCUACAAGAGACUGGGCCAAGUGGAAUUUUCAGGGGAGGGAAUUCCACAGAUGUGGGGCCACCACUGAAAAGGUCCAUGACCCUAGUACCUGGCAACCCAUUCAACUUUAGUGACAGGUCUGAGAGGAGGCCAAUCUUAGGACCUGAGCAGUUUCAUAUAGGCAUAGUAGGAGUUCUUCAGAUAACCUGGUUGCAAACUGUUCAGAGCUUUAAUGGUCAGUCCUAGCACUUCAAAUUAAACUGAGAAACAAAUGGUUCACCAGUGCAACUGAUGCAAAACUGUUGUGUGACAUGCUCAAACUGCACAUAAGCAUGCUGGAGGCUGAAUUUUGCAUCUGCUGAAAUUUCCAGAUUGUCUUUACAUGCAGCCCUACAUAGAGAGCAUCACAGUACUCUAGGCUGGAUGUAACCACUGGUCCAGUCCACAUAUAACACUAAUUAAAACCAUGGGUUAGCACAAAUGAUGAAAUGUAAGAGUUCCUGGAGUGAAUAUCAUGGCAACUGCAUCGUUCCUCCAGUCCAGCUGUGCUAACCAGGGCUAGGUCAUGGUUUGGUUUGGUGCGAUUUCCAAACCCAAGCUCAUGGUUUCUUUUCCCAAGACAAACCAUGAGGAGUAAAUCAAGAACAAACCUUGGUUACAGCUUGUGAUUUGACUGAGCAAGAGUAACCAUGUUUUCAGAUGUAAAACUAAGUCAAACCAAGGCUUAGCCAUGGGCAGCCCAGCAGUAGGAGAAUUGGGAGAGGAGCACAGCUGCUGCAAUCUUUGGUCCAGGAAGUUGCAUCCAUGGUGAAGCUUGAGUCAUGUAUAUGUAAUUGAGGCUAGGUCUGCUUUCUGCAGCUAGGGUUGCAGAUGGUGAACCAGUCUUUACUGGUAAAAGGCACUCCUAGGAACUGAUGUCACCUGCACCUCCCUAGUUAACAGAGUCCAAGAGUAUCUCCCAGUUCCAUGCCUGAAUUUGUAAGUGAGUGCAGUGAAAUCCAUCUGAAACCUUUUGUAAAUCUCCAUCUAGAUCAGUGGUCUUACCAAGAAAUGCCUUGAUUGGAUUAUCUGGAUUAAGAUGACGUAAUAUACUGCAUGUACAAUUGUGUAUACUGAUUUUUUUUUUAAGCACAAUGUGUCAUUUGUCAUAUUUGCCCAAUUGAUAAGGUUUUAAAAUACUUACAGUUUGCUUUGUAAAGUAUUAGGAUUCCAUUUUAAGCACAGCAAGGUAUUAGGAUCCCCUAAUAGGCUUGGAAAUACUAUUAUUUAAUUUCAUCUCCGAGUCUCUUCCAUGAGGCAUCUCAGUGUGAUUUACAAUACAAUAAAAACAUAAAACAAUUGCAUAUAUAAAACAUUGGAAAAACAAAAUAGCUUGUGAAAGGUUCUGGCUUGCUGCUUUCAGUGCUGAAACCACAUUAAAUGGUACAAAUUGUUGAGCUAAAUCAUGCUUCCCAUCUGGGAUUUUUUUUUCAUGUUCCAUUAUCAAUAUUACAGUCAAAGAACCAUUCCCUGCCACCAGUAUCUCUUCAAGGACAGCUACUGUGGAGGGAAUUCUUUUAUACGGUAGCAUCAGCAACACCCAACUUUACAAAAAUGGUUGGGAAUCCCAUCUGUCUUCAGAUAGAUUGGUACCAAGAUGCAGAGAAACUCCACAAAUGGAAAACGGUAUGUUGAUUCCUUUGACUGCUUUAGUACUCUGAGGCCAUUGUCUACAGUAUUUUGCUGAUGCUGGAAUUAUAUAAAUGUUAUAGUUUAAGAUGUUUUACCUCUGCUAUGUUUUUCCGCCCUGGGACUUUUGGGGGAAGGGCAGACUACAAAUACGGGAAAUAAAUCAAUAAUGGGGCAUUUGUCAUCACAUCCAUUCAGUCCUUAGUCUCUGUAAGAAGAGAGAAUGUCAACUAUUGUGAGAGUUACAAGGUGGGAGUGCAGCACAUCUGAGCAGAUCAAGAAAAUGGAAAUUGUUCUAUUUCUUAGGCACAGACAGGAUUUCCCUGGAUUGAUGCCAUUAUGACUCAGCUCCAUCAGGAAGGCUGGAUCCACCAUCUUGCUCGCCAUGCAGUCGCCUGUUUCCUGACACGUGGAGACCUCUGGAUCAGUUGGGAAGAAGGAAUGCAGGUUUGCAGUACUUAUUUUGUCUUCUGCCCUGAUUGGCAGAGUCCUGUAAAAUGCAGACUUUCUAGGGAAUCUGAAAGCAACCUCAGUGUUUAAUGUUAGCAUUCCCCUUAGCAAACUGGGAGGUGGAGUUUAUUGCAAACGUAAUUUUGAUCGGAGUGAACAGCAAGUAUCCUUUGGAAUGAAAAAGGGUUAAGGCUGUAAUCCUAUGCUCACUCUCUUGUGAGUAACUCAGCAGAAUAUACUUCUGAGUAGACACAUAUAGGAUUGCACUGUUAAGUAAAUCAAUGUAAAAAUUACAUAUAGUUCUAAGGUGGUAAAUCUAUACCACUUCAGAAUAUGAGUGAUGGCUUACAUUAUUGAAUGGUUAAUAAUAAUUCCUCACAUUGAUGUCACAGGGAAAGGUUCUAACUUAAACUUGUCCCUUAUAUCUAGUCUUCUAUGUCCAUGGUUGUUGUGUGUUUUGGGGGGGGGGCGGGGGGGUUCACAGGGACGUUAGAUCCCAUGAUUCCACUGCCAGCAUAGACAUAAUUCCUGAGGCAUGCUGGGAAGCCGUAGCUCUUGCUGCUGGCAGCUUUGAAACAAAUCAAAAAGACAAUGGGGGAGGGGAUGGAAAGGAAAUCCACUCAGUAACUCCUCACUUCCUAGGAUUCCCCUGAAACAUCUUGCCCAGUCACACUACCACCCAGGUUUGCAAAAUCCGCCCCCCCCCCCUGCAAUUUGAGGAGAGCCAGCAAUUUCAUGUGGGUUCAGUUCAGCCCAACUUUGCACUGUCUUAUUUUAAUGGUAUAACUCUCCUCAACGACAGGUGUUUGAAGAAUUGCUUCUGGAUGCAGAUUAUAGCGUGAAUGCAGGAAACUGGAUGUGGCUGUCAGCCAGCGCUUUCUUCCACCAGUACUCGCGCAUUUUCUGUCCUGCUCGCUUUGGCAAGCGCACAGAUCCCGAAGGGCAAUACAUCCGGUGAGUACGCAUGGUUGAUACGUAAGGGUCUAUCAUGCUAUAAAACGUAAGAGCAGUGCUGUUGGAUAAGAACAGUGGUUCAUCUUGUCCACAUCCCACAGUAGCCAAUCGGAUGCCUUUCAAGAUGUCCACAAGAAGGCAAGCAGGAAUAGUGGAAGAAUUUGGAGAGUACGUAUUAAGAGGCCAAACUCACCUGAUCUGCACCUCAUAAAUGAAGGGUUGGACUGAGCAAGUUCUCUCUGUGAAUCUGCAUUCUCCCAAUGGUAUUUUACAAGGUGGCCCAAGCAGGCAACUUGCAGAUUCUGUAAAUUAAAUAGGCAUUGUGUUAAAUUUGCAUUACUUCCAUUUGUCUGUCCUGAAUCUGAAAAGUUCCUCUUCUCCUGGGCCUUUGGCUAAUUAAACAAUCUAUAAUCUUUUAAAUUGAGGGAAUAGUGUUAUAUUUGUUAUGUUGUUAUGUAUUUUUGUGUUUUUUACUGUAAACUAACCUGUGAUCUUCAGAUGGAGGGCAGCAUAAAUAAUAAUAAUAAUAAUAAUAAUAAUUAAUAAUAAUGUGGUUCUGCUCAUUUCUCCUGGGCCGUGUCCAGAAAGUGGUGUUGGGGGAUGAGUGUUCAGACCCCUGGGCCCUCACUUGUGGGGUGCCUCAGGGUUCCGUCCUCUCCCCCAUGCUUUUUAAUAUCUAUAUGAAGCCGCUGGGAGAGAUCAUCAGGGGGUUUGGGCUGGAUGUUCAUCAGUAUGCAGAUGACACCCAGCUCUACCUCUCUUUUAAAUCAGAAGCAGUGAAGGCGGUGAGUAUCCUGUGUGAGUGCCUGGAGGCGGUUGGAGGAUGGAUGGCGGCUAACAGAUUGAGGUUGAAUCCUGACAAGACAGAAGUACGGUUUUGGGGGGACGGGGCGGGUGGGUGUGGGGGAAUCCCUGGUCCUGAAUGGGGUAACUGUACCCCUGAAGGACCAGGUGCGCAGCCUGGGAGUCAUUUUGGACUCUCAGCUGUCCAUGGAGGCGCAGGUUAAUUCUGUGUCCAGGGCAGCUGUCUGCCAGCUCCAUCUAGUACGCAGGCUGCGACCCUAUCUGCUUGCGGACUGUAUCACCAGAGUGGUGCAUGCUCUAGUUAUCUCCCGCUUGAACUACUGCAAUGCGCUCUAUAUGGGGCUACCUUUGAAGGUGUCCCGGAAACUACAACUAAUCCAGAAUGCGGCAGCUAGACUGGUGAUUGGGUGUGGCUGCUGGGACCACAUAACAGCAGUCCUGAGAGAUCUGCAUUUGCUCCCAGCACGUUUCCAAGCACAAUUCAAAGUGUUGGUGCUGACCUUUAAAACCCUAAAUGGCCUCAGUCCUGUAUACCUGAAGGAGCGUUUCCACCCCCAUCGUUCAGCCCAGACACUGAGAUCAAGCGCCGAGGGCCUUCUGGUGGUUCCCUCAUUGCAAGAAAUGAGGUUACAGGGAACCAGACAGAGGGCCUUCUCGGUAGUGUCACCCGCCCUGUGGAACGCCCUCCCAUCAGAUGUCAAGGAAAUUAGCAGCUAUCCUAUUUUUAAAAGACAUCUGAAGGCAGCCAUGUUUAGGGAAGUUUUUAAUAUUUAAUGCUGUAUUGUUUUUAACACUCGAUUGGGAGCUGCCCAGAGUUAAAUUAUUAUAAUAAUUUAUAAUAUAAUUAUAAUAUAAUUAUAAUAAUAGAAACAGUUAACAACACAAGGUGUGUGCUAAUUAUAUUUUUCAGAAAAUACCUCCCAGUGCUGAAGAAUUUCCCCUCCCAGUACAUUUAUGAACCUUGGGUAGCACCGGAAGAGACACAGAUAGAGGCAGGCUGCAUUAUAGGUAAUACUCAAAACAAAAUAAAUUUUCACUAUGUACCCAGCAGAGUAGGGCCCUGCUUUCCCUGAUUUUACCAUAUUUCCCCCUCCCUCUCACUACCUAAGCUUCCUAUCCUCCUUUCUGUCUGCCCCCUCCAGUCAGGGCAGGCUCCCAGAAGAUAUCCCCAUCACCAUACUGUGUUGCACUGCCUCACUUCCAAUGACCCCAUUGCUGGGGCAGAUGAUCAGAUUCCCAGCUUUGGAAUUGACAUGUUCCUCUAUUCCCUGGGCUGCAAUGAGAGUGCAGCUUUCUGUUUCCCAAGUACCAUUACCACUGCACCCAGCUCACCUUAGCUGCUCUGAAGUUUCUGCUUCCCUGGUGUCAAAUCCUGUCCUUUCUCCUCAUUCAGGGACUUAGCAAGGAAGGGCCCUUCUUCCCUCCCUCCCAUGACUGCCUUUAUCUGCCCAUUAUGUUUAUUUGGUCUAACUAUUAAGCCAGUGUGUUUGCCUGUAGCUGGAGAUGGAAUCCCAUUUUUGUAUUCAGUCAGGAAUUUGAAAAGGUUCUACCAAGAUCUGAUACAAUUAAUUCGAAGAGUUACUGUUAGUAAUUCUGUUUCCUUUCUGUCAUUGUUUCCUAUGUUUUCCAUUAGGUAAAGAUUAUCCCUUUCCUAUUGUAAACCACAAAGAAGUCAGUGAUCACAAUCUACAGCUGAUGAAACAGGUUAGAGAAGAACAGUAUAAAACGGCUCAGCUCACAAGAGGUGCGUCCGCAGGCUGUUACUGAGCUUUUCCAACUUGACAGGGAUUGUGGGUUUCUCUUGAUUCUGAUAUCUAACCAUAGUACAGUGGUACCUCGGGUUACAGACGCUUCAGGUUAUAGACUUUGCUAACCCAGAAAUAGUACCUCGGGUUAAGAACUUUGCUUCAGGAUGAGAACAGAAAUUGUGCGGUGGUGGCAGCGGGAGGCCCCAUUAGCUAAAGUGGUACCUCAGAUUAAGAACAGUUUCAGGUUAAGAACGGACCUCCAGAAUGAAUCAAGUUCUUAACCCAAGGUACCACUAUAAAAGCCUGGUAUCGUCUCUACAAUUAAAAGUAACAAUGUUGUAGAUCUCUCUUUAUAAUCUGCAUCUAGGUAAUUCAGAUUCUUUAUUAAGAAAGGUUCCAUUCUGCCUUUAAAACAUAUGUGAAAAUGGUGCAUGGUUUUGCUGCUCUUCGUGGGAAGUGAACUUCUGCAGGAUAUUAAAGGCCUGCUACUCAGUCCCUUCAGAGAUUUCUCCAGGCAUUGUUUAUGCACUUUCAAGACUAUUUUCUGAGCCUCAGAAAAAAUUAAGACUAUUCCAAUUAUGCCUCUCCCCUAGUAGAACAGGCACCUUUGGUGGAAUGUGCUGUCUCCCCAAAAAUCUGCUCCAGAGGGCUGGGGGGCAGCAGGGGCAAGGAAAAUCCUAUUGUGUGAGCAGAAAUCCAUUUGCUCAGUGUUAGAUGUCACCCUUAGCCUUUUGUUUUUAUAACAGUUUAUAGUUUAUAAUCCGCAUUAUAUACGGAUAUUGAUAAUGAGGAGUGGUGCUAAGGAAAGGAAUGCCAAAUGGCAGAGGCUGUAAGGAGAUUCAGGAAAGGCUUUGCUAAAAAAAUAUGAAAAUGUAUAAUGGAUUUCUUUUCACAAGAUUCUAAGGGGAAAAAACCAUUCUUAGGAAAUUUUCUUGGGAAAAAUAAGUCAUUACAUGUCUUUUACUUCCUAAACUUGUCAUCGUUUAGUAUUUUGGUGUGUGCUUUUAAAAAUAUAUAUAACAUGUUUUGGAAAGUACAAAGAACUAAUUCCUCCAGGAGGCAUAGUUAAUAUUGUUUAUAUAUCUUUAAAGAUAUUAAAGCCAGGAUUCUAAAAUUUUCACAGCUGGUUCUACGUGCCCAGUGAGACUUUCUCACAAUAUGUUAAACCACUUUUGAAAUGGAGGGAACUUUCAAAACUAGAUGCUACUGGUGGUGGAGAGGGGAGAGAGAAGAAGAAGUGGGGGGGACAGUGAGGGAGAAAUAAAAUAUCCCUCCUGGCAAACUCAAGUCCUUGAGUGUGCCUGAAGUAGCUUUUGGAACCCAGCCUAAGUAUUUUAUUUGCAAUUACAUUUCAAGUGCUCCCUUAAUUUAGUCAGGCGCUAUUGGAUUUGACCAAGGGGACAUUUCCGUUGAGACAUAAAAAGAGUAUUCCAUCUCUUCACCAGUGAAACUCAGCCUUCGAGUUUUCGUUAGUGUACAUAUUCUGAGCAGUUUUGCAGUAAUAUGGUAUUCACCUCCUUUCUAGAUGAUGUGGAUGAUCCAAUGGAAAUGCAGCUAAAGCGUGAACGUUCUGAAGAGACCACACAAAAGAAAAAACUUGCCAGAAGCAAUGAACAAGGACAAACUGAUUGA